UGACAUUGAAUGCUCAACAACCAUGCUGCAGGCUCCAUUAAAUGAGUAAUAGAGGAACUUGAUCCACCUCCUGCUUAGCCGAUCGAGUACACCAAAAACAAAACAAAACAAGACCCCAAAAGAGAGGAGAGAACAAAAAUGUUGGCGGAGAAGCGAGCUACGUCUCCUAUGGAGGUCAUGGGGCCAAGAGAUGAGAAGGAGUAUGAGGAGGAAGGAAGCGUCAGCAGCGCCAUGCGCACUGCAGAGACCUUGCUGCGUCUUGUCCCCGUGGGUCUGUGCGUUGCGGCACUCGUAGUCAUGCUUAAGAACUCUCAGACCAACGAUUUCGGUUCCAUUUCUUACUCCGACCUUGGAGCAUUCAGGUGUUCUUUCUGCUGCAAUUUCAUAGACAAGUAUUUGGUACACGCCAAUGGAAUAUGUGCCGGCUAUUCUCUUCUUUCAGCCAUCAUUGUAGCCAUGCCUCGCCCCUCCACCAUGUCCAGCGCUUGGACUUUCUUCUUCCUUGAUCAGGUGCUCACCUACGCAAUUCUGGCUGCUGGAGCCGUGUCAUUGGAGUUGUUAUUCCUGGCAUACAAGGGAGAUGCAGUCGUUACCUGGAGUGCAGCUUGUGGUUCUUUUGGCGGGUUCUGUCUUAAGGCGACAGCAUCCGUAGUGAUCACAUUCGUCGUAGUGGCUUGCUAUGCAGUGCUUUCACUCAUUUCAUCCUAUAAACUUUUCAGCAAAUUUGAUGCACCUGCGGUCAACCCCACCAAGGGCAUUGACCUUGCUGCCUUCCAAGGCUGACCUAGAAUUGUGUUCUUUCAGUUGCAUGCACCUAACUUUGACAUCCUGGGCGUAAUAAAUACAUGCUUGAUAGCAUUGGACCUGCUUGGUUGUGAUCUUUAUAAUUGCACUGUUGCUGUAUUUUUGUACGAUGUUGCUUGCUUAACAUGCAUGGGACUGGUCUAAAAAUCUCAGGCCACUUACAAAUCAGAAACUUUCUUUUUUCA